AUGGCAGAACAAGUGAUAGACCCGGCCAAACCUAUCCUGUCAAUUAAAGAUCGAGAAACAAUCAUCCAAGGCAAUGCACAAACAUAUGCAGAACCAAGGGGAGAAAGUUUAGAAAUUAUCCGUUCAAACAUUCGCGGUCGUACUGGACCUCAUCCAGCAGUACCCGACGAGGACCCACAAGAUACCAAUCUUCUCCCAUUCAGACCUUUGACCACAGCCAACCUUGAUGACUUUCUGGACUGGUGCGGCCCGGUCCAAGGCAUCAAUGACCAGACUGAAUAUUCUGCUGGGAUUGGUUCGAGCAUUCUCCGAGUAACAGAUGCUUAUCUCCGUCAAAUAUGUCUAUUUGUCAAUAGCCAUUCCCCCGUUCGAAAUCGUCGCGAUGAUUAUCCAACCAUGGCCUAUCUACCUCACGAUUUUUGGGCCCCACCGACAUUUCCUCCCAGCGCAGAAUAUCUAGAAGACAGAGCGAAAUUCAUAAGAACGACAGCAGGUCUUCCGCCACCACGACUAAGAGCCCUCACCCAUUUAUUCAUCCACAUUGCAUCAUUCCCAUCGACACCCGAUAUCAAACCAGACAGUGCCUUAAUGGUCAUCACGCCUCGCGCAGCCACGAUCGAGUAUUUAGACCAGCUUGAUAGCCCUGGCAAACAUCACAUAAUCGGAGAUAUCCUAAGUGUCAUUUCCCGCGUCGAUACCGACUGCAGCAGCACCUGGCUCGAACUCGGCGAUUGGAAAGCUCGAGUUGGGUCUUCGGGAGGCGCCGAGGUUGCGGAUCGUCCGCCCGAAAAACUCCGCGCGAGUCAGAUUUACGUGUGUACGAAUGCUUUGGCUCAGGCUUUCGGUCAUGAUGUCAAUAUGUACUGUGGAUUUCGUCCUAUGGAGACGACUGGGUUUGAAAACUCGUUUGACUUUCUUAUGCGGAGGAAAGCUAUGGUUAUCGCUAUCGAUUUAUAUCGCGGGUACUUCUCCAACGUGAUUGGCGAUCCGCAGUAUAAACCAAGGGUCAAGAGGAUUUUCGGCCAUCACAUACAUAAAGAGGGGCCUCAAAAACCCUGGAUAGACAAUGCGCGACAAGCCCGGAACGGAUCUCCAUGGUUACAUUUCGCAGAGCGAGUAUACAGGCGUCUCCUACAUCGCGAAAUGGCGCAGUGGAACGCGGAGAAUAAAUGGAGGGGACUAGAUGAGGAGCAAUUGUAUAAUAAAGCGCGAAUGCGCAUGCGCAAUCCGACUCGGGCGGGCAGAUAUGAGGGGGCGCCUGAAGGAAAGGAUCUGGGGGGAUUUGGGAACGCGAUGAAAAUGACGAGGAUAAGAAAUUUGAGGAGGUGGAUGGAGGAUAAGGAUUGUGAGAGGGGGAGGGUAGAUCGUUAUCAUCCGAGGAGUGAGUCGGUGGGUUGGGAUGUCGGGGGGAAUAUUUUGUAUUUGACUUGA